AUGGAUGACAUCUUUUCUCGUCUCUUGAGCCUAACUUCCUAUAUAACACAUCGAGUAUUUGAAUUCUUUGAAGAUCUUGUAUUAAGAGAUGUGAGUAGGUUUUUGAGAGAUUCAGAGAUAAAUUCUUGUGGACGACUUUUAACAUCUGCAAACUUCAGCACUCACAAGCUCUCUUCUCUAGAUUUUGCAUCUUCUUCAACAGAUAGUAACUCCAUCUCAAGCUCUGACUUGCUUGAAAGGCAUGCCUUGGACUUGGAGGAGCAACCAUUUCUUAGUUCAGGAUUACAAAUUGCAAAGAGAAAUUACUGUAGGGGUGUCCUCUUCAUUUUUAAAGGAUUGAUGCUCCCAAUACUUUGUUUUGAAUUCGCUUGGAGAUCAGCGAUAGCAUCUUGGAGAUAUUUUUGUUGUCAAUUGAGAUGCAUACAAGAUCGCAUACAGAGAGUUGCAGAUCGAGUUCUGAAAACUUUGCAUGGAUCUUCCGACGACAUUGGGUGGUUGCAAUGCACUCCUGGAAUGGCCCCAGUAGUGGAUGGUUCAGCUAGAUUCCUGGAUCUGCUGCAAAGCAUUAGGAACGGGGUGCACGUGCUACCUGAUUCAUUUGUUUACUUGCUGAUUCCAGGACUCUUCAGCAAUCAUGGUCCCCUGUAUUUUGUCAGCACAAAGAGAUUUUUCUCAAAGAUGGGGCUAGCCUGCCAUAUUGCAAAAAUUCAUAGUGAGGCAUCCGUGGAACACAAUGCUUGGGAACUAAAGCAAUAUAUAGAGGAAUUAUAUUGGGGGUCUGGAAAGCGUGUGAUGUUGCUGGGUCACAGCAAGGGUGGAGUCGAUGCUGCAGCUGCUUUGUCAAUUUAUUCAGUUGAACUGAAAGAUAAAGUUGCAGGAUUGGCACUAGUGCAGAGUCCUUAUGGUGGAACACCCAUCGCAUCUGAUAUUCUUCGUGAAGGCCAGGUUGCUGAUAAGGAAACCCGGAGGAUUAUGGAGUUUUUGAUAUGCAAACUAAUUAAGGGUGAUAUACGAGCGCUGGAGGACCUGACCUAUGAGAAGCGCAAGGAAUUCAUCCGCAACCACAAACUUCCCAACAACAUUCCUCUCAUCUCAUUCCACUCGGAAGCUCGGGUGGCACCAGGUGUGAUCUCAACGAUGUCCCACAUUGCGCAUGCAGAGGUUCCAUGGGUUACAAGGGACGGUGGCGCGGAGGUGCCAGUGAUAGUGCCCGUCUCGGCGGCCAUGGCCCUGUCGGCGCUCCACCUGCUACUCCGUUAUGGGGAGAAAAGUGACGGGCUUGUGACGUGUCGAGAUGCAGAGGUUCCGGGUUCGGUAGUCGUAAGGCCCGACAUGAAACUCGAUCAUUCGUGGAUGGUGUACGCGUCCUGGAAGAAGGACCCCACCGAGCCCAAUGCAUGCGAAAUGUGCGAGGCUUUAUUGACGAUGCUUGUUGAGCUUGGAGCGAAAACUCAAAGUGGCGUGCCAAAAUAG